GUCCACUACUUCGAGUCCCCUCGAGUGCCUUGCGCCGGCUCCGAACAUUGGUGUUCGCAGCUGUUUUGGGGGCUGGAGGGUUCGUGGUGUCCUGGAACUGGAGCGACGCUGGGUCCUCUGGUUGUCCCCUAGAGGGGAGGGCACACGGGCGGGGACAUCGGGGCGCUCCCUUCUCACGGCGUGGUGCAUUUGGGCGUAACUCACCGGGAGGCGUUUCCUGAGACCCUCGAGGAUCUUAGAGUCGAGCCAAGGCUGAAGUUCAAGGCCCUGCCUUCCUUGUGAACUGUGGCUGGUCAAGCUCGGGAACAAGACGUUGUCAUCACAGAUUAGCGCUCUGUGGCCCGCCUGGCCACAUCCAUUCAACAUGGUGGACAUGGAGAGCCCCAUCUGUCCUCUCUCCCCACUUGAGGCAGAUGGCCUGGAAAGUCCCUUAUCUGAAGAAUUCUUACAAGAAAUGGGAAACAUUCAAGAGAUUUCUCAGUCCAUCGGGGAGGAGAGUUCCGGAAGCUUUAGUUUUGCGGACUACCAGUAUCUAGGAAGCUGUCCAGGCUCUGAGGGCUCUGUCAUCACAGACACCCUCUCUCCAGCUUCCAGCCCCUCCUCCAUCAGCUGCCCCGUGAUCCCCGGCAGCACGGAUGAGUCCCCCGGCAGUGCACUGAACAUCGAGUGUCGAAUAUGUGGGGACAAGGCCUCAGGAUACCACUACGGAGUCCAUGCAUGUGAAGGCUGCAAGGGCUUCUUUCGGCGAACUAUUCGGCUAAAGCUGGUAUACGACAAGUGUGACCGAAGCUGCAAGAUUCAGAAAAAGAACCGGAAUAAAUGCCAGUACUGCCGUUUCCACAAGUGCCUGUCCGUCGGGAUGUCACACAAUGCAAUUCGUUUUGGAAGAAUGCCAAGAUCUGAGAAAGCCAAACUGAAAGCUGAAAUUCUUACCUGUGAACACGAUCUGAAAGAUUCAGAAACUGCAGACCUCAAAUCUCUGGCCAAGAGAAUCCAUGAAGCCUACCUGAAGAACUUCAACAUGAACAAGGUCAAGGCCCGGGUCAUACUUGCAGGAAAGACCAGCAACAACCCGCCUUUUGUCAUCCACGACAUGGAGACCUUGUGUAUGGCCGAGAAGACACUUGUGGCCAAGAUGGUAGCCAACGGCGUGGAAAACAAGGAGGCAGAGGUCCGAUUCUUCCACUGCUGCCAGUGCAUGUCCGUGGAGACCGUCACUGAGCUCACAGAAUUUGCCAAGGCUAUCCCAGGCUUUGCAAACUUGGACUUGAAUGACCAAGUUACUUUGCUAAAGUAUGGCGUGUAUGAGGCCAUCUUCACGAUGCUGUCCUCCUUGAUGAACAAAGAUGGGAUGCUGAUCGCAUACGGCAAUGGCUUCAUCACGCGGGAGUUCCUAAAGAACCUGAGGAAGCCGUUCUGUGACAUCAUGGAACCCAAGUUUGACUUCGCUAUGAAGUUCAACGCCCUAGAACUGGAUGACAGUGACAUUUCCCUGUUUGUGGCUGCUAUAAUUUGCUGUGGAGAUCGGCCUGGCCUUCUAAACAUAGGCUACAUUGAGAAGUUGCAGGAGGGGAUUGUGCACGUGCUCAAGCUCCACCUGCAGAGCAACCACCCGGAUGAUACCUUUCUCUUCCCAAAACUCCUUCAAAAAAUGGUGGACCUUCGGCAGCUGGUCACGGAGCAUGCGCAGCUCGUGCAGGUCAUCAAGAAGACUGAGGCAGACGCAGCACUGCACCCACUGUUGCAAGAGAUCUACAGAGACAUGUACUGAUUUCUCCUGAGAUGACAGGCCGUUGCCACUGUUCAGGGACCUCUGAAGUCUGCGACUCCAUACAGGAGAGCAGGGAUUUGCACAGAUGGCCUCCCUCCAACCCUUGGGGAUGAAGAGGGCUGAGCCUAGGUAAUGCAGGCUCUUCCCACGUCAUGUCCUUACUUUCUGAAUGGGCACUUCUAAGACUACCUGCUACCAAAAUGGGGGUGAUCAGAGGCUAAUAGGAUUCAGACAAUUACAGACAAUGGCAGUCUCCAGUCUGAUCUUAACUGGCCCAAUGUUAAUCAUUGCACAGCACCCUACGUUGCGUUUAUAAUUCGUCAUUAAUUAACGGGUAACCUCAAAGUCCGAGUGGUCUAUUCCCUUCCUGCCGUCCUUCUGGCUGUGUGCUGCAUUCUUAUAAAUCCUGAAAACUAAUCUGCACUUUUUAACCUUUAAAAAGCUACAAGUCAAGGUGUGACCCAAAGUUAGCCACUUAAACGUGGCCAAAAAAAAAAAAAAUAAUGUUUAUUGGGAAGACUUCACUUGUGUUUCCUGGCUCUAAGAAAAAGAGCUGGCUUCUGAGAACAUUCAAGAAUAGUUUGAUAAGCUAUCCCAUCAUUUUCUCUGUGGUCUCACUGUUCUGGAGGGUGUAACUGACUCGUGGGGGUGAAAAACAUUUUCAGAAUUGUGUAGAAGAUUCCCAGAAAGUUACAUCUCAAGACGCCUCAGGAGGCUUUAGCUAGUGUCUGAGAGACAAAGACAGGAUGAGCCCUGGGUGACUAGUUCUGCAGCUUUGCUCACGUCAGACGCUCAGCGUGUGGGCAAGGCAGCAAUAUCAGGGGUAGAUGCACAAAAGAUUUGUAUAUGUUCCUCUAGACCCUCCCUUUGGCAGUUCCUUUGAUAUGACACUUUACUUUAAAAAAAAAAAAAAAAAAACCUCUCUUGGUGAUGAGAUGCUCUCUUUCUCUCUCUGGAGUGGAGAAGGCAAAAGUCACUUCACUACCCAGGCUGAAGGGAGCUGGUCACCCUGGAGAACAAGAGAGAAGGGUGUGAUUUAAUUCAGCUUCUGUUUGUACUCAGCUGAAGAUCUCACGACACUUGGUUGGUCUGUUGUUAUUGUUGUUGUUAUCGUUGUUGUUGUUUCAAAGAAUUAGGUGGUAAAGUCCCUUUUCCUCAGUCCCACUGGGAGAGCAGUGCUGGCUAUCUUCAAGAGAAACAGUUGCACAAAGGAUUCUCAGACCUCAUGGACCUGCCAGCACCUGCCCUCCAAGGGGGUGGCUGCGUAUUUCAGAUCGGGUUGUAUCCGAUCCUGACCCAUCUUUAGAAAACUUGACUCUCUUCUGAUGUCAUCACUGUUUGUUAUUAAAGGGUGAUCCAGACAGACACUGCCAAGGAGUCGAGGACGUAGCUCAGUGGGUAGAGGGCUUGGUCCCUGGUGUUGCUUUAUGGCCAUGGUGGUCAAUGCCCACAACCUCAGCAAAAGUCAGAGGUUGCCUUCAGAUACAGAAUUAAGUUUGAUGGCAGUCUGUGCUGUGUGAGACCCUGUUUAAAGAAGAAAAAGAUUGCUGCUGAUAAAAUGUUCAAGGUCAACAUUAUGAAAACACUAGAAAGAAUAAUAAUAAGGGAAAGAGGAAACUUAGCAUCGAGACAUGAUUUAAGACUUGCACCAUUACUGACCUCCUUCCUUCCUCCCUCCUGCUCUCCUUCUCCCCAUCCUCCCUGUCUUCUGUCCUUCCUCAAACCCACUUACCCCCUUUGUCUUCCCUCCUUGCUGCCAAUCAACGGCUCUGGUGGACAGCAGUUGCUGCAGGCGGUCUGCCAAGGCUCUUAGGAGUCAGAGGCAGAGCAAAUCACUUUCAUAUAUGAUCCCUGUGAGGGUUGAGCUCAGUCAGAAAGAAGCCAGCCUUUGUGUCACAUGGCACAUCUAGUCCUCAGUGCUUCCAGAGGGGCUAGAACUGGUCCUAGGUUUGGGUCAAAGGGUGGAUUCCAGUGCCAAGUCUCUUCUGUGGACAGGUCCCCUAUGAGGACAGGCUUCUGUUCUAAUGAACCUUACACAAAUGCCACUCCAGUGUAGGUGACCUUAGAAAGUGAGUUUUGAGUCGUGGGCUUUUGGGGUAGUCGAGCGUCCUGUUUGAACUCAUAAAACUUAUGAAGAGUAGCACCUUGCUGUAUGCUUUCAGUACGGACCACAGAACUGACUGACAAGUUCCGUGUCAGUCUGCAUCUGAGCUGGAACUCAGUUGUCUUCUUGAAAGUUUCAUACUCCGGGAGCCUGGUGGGACUGCCAGUGAGCUAUCACCAGAGCAGCCAGGAGGGACCACAGUGGCCUUGGCUCCAAAGUCACUGACUUUGUGCACACACACACACACCCAUUAUGGGAAGGAUAUUCACAAUGUGACCACAUGGUGCUAGGCUCUUUCAGGUCACCUAGCCAGAUUUCUCAAGGCAUCAGUAACCCAAGACAUGCCAGGUUAAAUACUGUGGCACACUUAGGAACUGAGAAAGUGGGCAGCAAUGGUCUGCAAGGUGUGUCAAUGGCAUCAGCCAACAGCCCAAUCAGGGAUGCCACCUCGGCUCCUGGAGCUCUAGAGCAGGGUUGCAGAGCCAUUUCCCAGCACUGAUGGUAAAGUCUUAGUGCCAGACUCCUUGGAGAUGGAUGGGGACCAAGCAGCUGUGGUGUCUCUCCUCCCUGCCUCCUGAUGUCUUCAAGAGGCUGCGUGACCUAGUGAAGACAUGUUCGCUGAUUAAGGGAGCUUUAAAGAUGCACAUGUGCAAAAUGUAGUCAUUGACUGGACUAAGGUCUAUGAUGACCUCCCGUAUGGUCCUGUCUGUAGGGGCCACGCUGGCCCCUCCCUCCACGACACCUCUUUCUGCUGGUCUUAUAGGCCCUCCCCCAGAAAAGAUUGCUUGAAACAGACCUUCAGAAAAACAUGGCCCUUGGGUUCCUCUACACUCAGCUUGCAUCUGAUUCUAAAUAUGUCUCACCUUGAGCCUUUGUCUAAAACACUGGGACACGUUGAACACUCAGCAGCCAGACGCAUGGAGGAAGGGGAUUUUUGUCCUGCAUCUUUGGUUUGAAAAUGACUUGCUGAACUCCAGUUUAAAGUUUUCCUGUUGUCUCCUGAGAUUAACCAGCCUUUGGCCCCAGGGCCUCCUAUAGCCAAAAAGCCUGCCACCUUCACUGUAUCUCUCUUUAACCUGUUUGGCCUUUCAAGAUGAGGUUCCACUGGGGAAAAUGUAACAACUCCCUGCAACUGCUCACCCAGCAUAUAGAGUAGGAGAACAGGACUUAAACCCAUCUUCAAAUAUAUACCACCAGCCUGACGGCCAUGUUGGUUUCCUGCUGAGCCACCAGGUACCACUCUGUCCCCAGUCCACAUUUGUAUGGCUGAGACCAUUUGUAUUUAUAAGACCAGAGUAGGUUAAGAAUAUUAGAGCAACAGCCUAAUAGCCAGAGAUGGCCUUUGUCCUUAUCUAAAAACACUAAAAUCUGCAUGGACAGGUUCUGGUUUAAAUAAGUGGAUUGCAUUCCUCACUGAGACUCCUCUGAGGAAUGUGUUGGUGUCUCUAGGUUUCCUUUGGUGGAGUGGUCUGUCGCCUCAUCAGGAAAAGGUGUGUGGUCCCUAAUCAGGACAGAGUGUAAGAGGCUGAUGCUACCUGGCCUAGCACCAGCCUGGGACCCCUGAGGACAUUUCCUCAACAUCAGACCUCAGCCAUCUACUUCUCAGAAUCUUAGUCUGAGAUGGAGUCCAUUGCUUUUCUCCUCAAAAGGGGACUUCAGUCAGGGAGGGUGGUUACAUCACAAGGAGCACCUUUUGGAGAUUCCUAUGCCAAUCAGAAGUGGACCAAACUGUGCCCAGGCUCAGCAUCAUGUCUUGGCCAAGCAGCUGACAGCACAUGACAUAUGUCAUAUGUGUCAUGUCAAGUGGCGGUCAGGUGCUACUGUUGGCAAAAGGCAAGGAGGAGCAUUGUUGUAUGUCAUAGCCACCAGGCUGUUUCUGUAUCUUUUUUUUAUUUAAAAGUUUGCCAGUUGGGGUCACAUAUGAAAACCUGGCAGUUCUCUGUAAAGAGGGAGAAAUAUUGCUCUCCAAGAUCACCUCUUCCCCCAACCCAAACCCAGCUGCAAAUUCAUUUAUUCGGUGAAGACAGAUGCUUCAUUCUUGGGCCACAGGUGAGGGCAGAGCAGCGGCAGGUGGCCCUCUGGGCUCCCUGGCCGGCAUGGGGCACUGGGGCAUCUUUCCCAGGCCCCUGGGACUCAGCUGUGCUUCAAGUCACACACAGAGCCUGAAUUCAGGCCCUGAAGACUAGGGAGUGAUAAACUCCUGGUAAAAUCGUCACUUUGGGAAAUUUCAUUAAAAAAAAAAAGGAGCGUACAGCCAGCUCUUUUGUCAAACCUGAAACUAAGUG